CCCACGCGUUGGUUUUCAUCCUGACAUUGCUUGGAACUGGACCAAAUUCCAAUCGAAUAUUACCUUUUUUAAAUUUACCGAUAAUUUACGCAAAAGCCCAACAUUAAUAAACAUCCCUUUAUUAACAGCGCUUACUUUGGGAGCAGCUUUGGCUCACAAUGAGCCAUCAACCUCUCCAAUGGAGAGAGUUACUUUGAUGAUUUUUCAUUUUAAUAAUCGUGGGGGCAUCGAUUUCAAGCAUAACAAUUAUAUUUCCAAUCAUUUGGACGGAAAUUUGGUCAUUAUUUCGAAGAUAUUCCCCGUUGGGCUCUUGGGGGACUGGUCCUACACAAUAUAUAAUUCAGGAAUCUCAGGUGAUUUUAUGCGGUUAACAUCAAUUGGCGGACUUGGCGCCAUCAAUUUCUUAUUAGCAUCAUGGACACAAAUUAUUUCGGACUUUUUCAUCUUGAAUCAUAGGAUUAAUAGAGCAACACGUACCGUAAUAGUAGAUGAGGAUACAGCUUUGAUCUCUGAAAUUGAGCAACCUCAACCAUCAAAUAAUCUCAAGGUGUAUAAGGAUGAUUUAACCGUGAAUUUUUAUUUGCGUAUUUUGAUCUUUGUAGCAGUUCUAUUUUUACUUUAUAGGUGUCGAAGAUUAAAACACAUAGAGAGUAAUGUUAAUCGUAUACCUUAUGAGAGAGUUGGUUGUAUUCUUCCCACUCACAACACGAGUGUUCAAGAAAUGUUAAAAAAAACUGCGACCAUCUCGACUGGUCUUCAAGCAAAGAUUGUAUGGGGUGAGUCUGCAUUAGCAUUAAGAAACGAUGAUGAACUUGAUGAUUUGUUGGAAAAUGCUUAUAGAAUUACAACAGCACAUAAAUUUUAUUUGGGUUUGACAUACACGAUUCCAACUGGAGACAACGAAUCUUAUUCUAUUGAAAGUGGUCCGGGUAAGCUAAAAGUAGUAAAUGCAGAAAUAGAAACAAAAAGUAAAAAAGAAUUGCAUAAAUUGGAUGUGAGCGGAGCCAUUUGUUUAGAUAUGGAUUUUCCAGAAUUACUUGGCCAAGCAGCAGCUGCGGAUUUUGUUGGAAUACAACAUUUACAAAUGUCGUCGGUGCGAGCUAUCGAAAACGGUUAUUGGAUAUUGAGAUGUGAUGGUGGAGGAGCCUCGGGACUCAUCGAUCCUUAUGGUCGUGUUCGACACUUUGAAAUUUCGUCGAAUGAACAAGUGAAUAUAUUCGCCUGGGAAAUGCCCUUUACCGGAGAAAAAAUCGAGACUUACUACUCUAAAUAUGUUGAAUUUACAGUGUGGGGAGCCCUAAUAUUUUUAGGAUUGGCAGAAUUACUUUGGUACUUUUCUUGGAAAGUAGCCGAAGAAGAUAUGACAUCUUUAUCGGAUGCAUCUAAGGAAUUUCUUAGAAAGCGACAAGAAUGGGCAGAAGAAAAAUACGAUGAAAUUUUUGAUCAAGAGGAAUUAAAUUUAAGGGCGAAACAAAGCUUAAUUUAG